CGAUUAUCAUCCUCUCUCUACCAUCGUAGUCUUCCUCGUCUCGCUUUGACCUUGUUUCUCGCCCAUCCUCCUUCAGACAUGGCCGACGUUGUACCCGCCGCUUCUCAGAUCGAGAUCAACGACGCUAUCUUCUGUCAACACUACAAGGAGGUUUGCGGCGAGUGCAGCGCCGAUUUCAGAGAGGAGAAUGACACUUUCUUCGGGUUUGAUCCUAUCGACCGUGAAGGUAUCGAGGCUCCUGCUGCCACUGUCAACAAGGGUGGUGCCUACCAAUGCAAAAAGCAUGGCUCUCUCUCUUGCAAUCAAUGUUACGGAUGGAAGAAGCAGAUAACCAGGGCCAGAACGGCCGCGAAGAAGUCUGGGAAGAAAUAGGCCCCUCUGGACUUGCGAAGCUCAGACGUGGGAGACGAACAGAAUGAUGGCGGCACGAUAUCCUUGAGACAAUUCGUUGCAAUGUAUGUAUGAGUAGAAUGUGCUAUAGUUCGAAAGUUCUAAAUG